AUGGGCUCUUCUGUGCUCUGCCUGAAAGCCUUUGCGGUCCAAGCUCCUGUACAGCACUCCAAGCUGAUGCGCAGAGGUGUAGCUCGUAGGCCCCUUAGACUGAUUUUCCUGGCCUCUUCGCUUGGUCUCCUUUUUCGAGCUUCCCCCGCGUGGCGUGACGACUCGGUUGCCUUUGUGGAAUCUGCAAGGCAUGGGCUUGGGCUUGGGCCUGGGCCUGAUGGCUUCCCGACUGUAGGCCCCUUGACGGGCCAAAGUUCAAGGGGAGUUUCCGAGCCCUCCAAGGGCUUCGAAGCAACCUGGGAAGAGGAGGAGAGUGAGGAGACUCUCUGGAAGUCUGUGACGGCCUUCAAUGCCGCUUGCUGGGGUGCCACCUACAUCAGCACCAAGGCCGGCAUCGAUCACUUGGCGACGUUGCCGCUCCUGCCCUGGGUCCUCCGGUCCAGCACCGCAGAAAGUGCGCGGACUUCGGCCAUCGUUGGCAGCCUGAACGGCUUCGCCUAUGCCGCCAUCUUCACUGCCUACACUUUGGGCACGACUGGGGGCAAGGCAGCCUUCAUCUGCUCCCUGCAGACCAUUGUCGUCGCUGCAUGCACCUCCAUUGCUGCCCAGCGCCUCCAAGUGGGCACCGUCGUCUCUGCAGUGAUGGCAGUGGUUGGGGUGGGCUUCCUUGAGCUUGCCGGAGGCCCGAUGGAGACAUCGGCUGGCGACUUGCUUUGCUCAGCUGCGCCAGUUGCAAUAGGAAUUGGGUGGUACAUGUUGGGAGACACGAUGAAGAAGUACCCAGACGACACCUUGCCAUCCCUUGCAAUCCAGUUUGUUUGUUUUACGGUGCUUUUCGCCACGUGGAUCCUCGGUGACAUCGGCUGGAAACACGGGGCGCCUGGCAUAGUGGAUUGGCUGGGUCAGGUGCCAGCAAUUUUGCAGACCCCGGGUCUCUGGCCCCCUCUUCUCUUCUCGACCUUCCUGGGCAAUGUCAUCACGAUGCUGCUGGCCAACCGGGCCGUGCAAAGAAUCAAAGUCUCCGAGGUCUCGCUGAUAUCGGCUUCUGAGCCUCUUUGGGCUGCGCUCGCGGCGAUGCUGUAUCUCGGGGAGGUCUUCACACUAGCCGACUGCAUUGGUGGCGGCUUCAUCCUCACAGCGCUUGUUUGCAACGAGCUUUGGGAAGAGGGAGACGCCGAGCCCAAGGGUGCGGCGAUGAUGCCUGAGGUCAAGCAAGGCCGGUUUCCCAGAUUCCCCCUUCUGACUUCUGAGCAUCGUACUUCUGAGAUCCUGAACGAUUUGUGA